AUGCUGGGAUACUUCCCCAGUGGAAUGCAGCCAUAUGUGCAAAAUGGAUUUUCUGGUGAAGCAAUCUCAUUAUUCAAUGCCAUGAAAGAUAGAGGGUUCAAUCCGGAUAAGAUCACAUUGAUCGGAAUUCUCUCCGCAUGUGCCUCAAUGGGCGCCCUAGAUUUUGGGAGGUGGGUUGAUGCAUAUGCAUCAGAAAUAGGCUUACAGCAUGAUAUCUAUGUUGCUACUGCCUUAAUUGAUAUGUAUGCAAAGUGUGGGAGUGUGGACAGUGCAUUUAGAGUUUUUGAUAAUAUGACACAAAAAAAUGAGGUGUCAUGGAAUGCAAUGAUUUCAGCCCUUGCUUUUCAUGGGCGGGUCCAAGAGGCGUUAUCGCUUUUUAAGUGCAUGUCAGAGGAGGGGGGGAUUCUCAGGCCAAAUGAUGUCACUUUUGUUGGAGUUCUUUCUGCAUGUGUGCAUGCCGGAUUAGUUGAUGAAGGCCGCCGUUUGUUUGAACUAAUGAGCUCGUCAUAUGGACUGGUUCCGAAAAUUGAGCAUUACUCUUGCAUGGUUGAUUUGUUGGCACGUGCAGGACAGGUAUAUGAAGCAUGGGACUUUAUUGAGAAGAUGUCUGAAAAACCAGAUGAAGUUAUGUUAGGUUCAUUGCUUGGUGCUUGUCAGAAACUCAGAAACAUAGAUGUUGGUGAACGGGUUAUGCAGCUUCUUCUGGCAGUGGAGCCUUCAAAUUCUGGUAAUUAUAUAAUUUCUUCAAAGAUUUAUGCAAAUAUGAAAAGGUGGGACGAUUCAGCUAGGAUGAGAUUGUUAAUGAGACAGAAAGGUGUCACGAAAACUCCAGGUUGUAGCUGGAUUGAGGUGGAUGCUGAGGUUCAUGAAUUUCAUGCUGGUGACUCUUUACAUCAUGAUUCACUAGCGAUUUGCCAAUUGCUUAACAUGCUAUAUGAGGAAAUGAAGAUGGAAGGUUAUAUUCCGAAUGUUUAUCUUUUAUAGUGAGGCAAAGAUUGAGAAACUUGUCAAACUUACCAACUACCAAGCUUCCCAUUGCAUUUUUCUCAGCUUGGAUAACUACAGAAGAAGGAUGUUUAAUGGAAGAAAUAUAUAUGGCAAUGAUGCUGUUUUGACUUUAUUUGCUCAGUGAGGUGAAUGAUCUGACUUGAGGGUACAGAGUUACACUAUGGCUGCUGAUGUCACGUCUUCACAGUCAAGAUGCUUGCAUGUCAUGUUCUGAUGCUGCUUUAAGAAAUGCUUUCAGGACUCAUGCUGCAAAUACAACCAAGCAAAAUUGCUGCAGACACUAGAGUCACUUCGGUUGGUCAUUCACUUGCUUCUCUGGAGUCAUUGAUGCCACUUUUCCCUCUUGAGGGACCUCAGCCACGGGGAUGGUUAUCGGCAAUGCUCUCAGUGGUUUUCCUCAUGUAACUGAUAAAACAAUGCAGAGUGACAGUGGUUGGGUCAUGAAAGAAUUGUCACUGAGGUGAUUGUCAGUGAGAGGGUUGGCAGCUCAAUGAGAAUCAGAAAGUUUCUACCCGUGGGGAAACUAGUUGACACUCAGAAGUUGGUGAUCAAAUUGUUGAGGCAGGUGAGCCAUUCUGACUUCCUUUGAUGGACAAGCAAAGGAAAAUGAAAAGCUGGACCAAGCUAGACGGUUUGGAAAUCCCUUUGGCGUUUUAUCAUUCCUUAUUGGUUCCAUUUUUUAUCUCUUGUCUUCUGGUCAGUACACAUUUGGUUAGUCGAACUUGGUAGCAAAUGUAGUUCAAGUGGCAUUACUCGUAUGAAUUGCCAAACAGCAUUCAAGAAUAUCCUGCCCAAAUAGCAAUGCCAAAAUGCAUAAAGCAGUUAGAACAUGUCUCAGGUUAGUUCACAUUCUUAGGUAAAAGUUCAGAAAAGAAUUAAGGAGAAAUACUGUUGCUACCUUUUGCUGAUUGAUAUACAUACAAAACAACCUCCGAGUUUUUGGAAAUAUU